AUGCCACAGAUCACCGGAUUAUGUGGCGCCAAUCGUGGCUGGAAACUACUCUGCUUUAACGUCAUAUAUAUUUCUUCCGGUCUAAAACAGAUGCGAAAAUCGCAUAUUUCGUUUAAGAAACAUAAAUUUACCCAAAAACUUGAUUGUAAACAGCUUCUUUUAGUCGUCAGAUGCAAUACCGCAUCUGUCACUUGGUACUGA